AAUCAGAACAGCAUUGGCACAGCUGUUAAAGGAUGCGAUCGCUGUUGUUCAGAGGAAUGGACCUGUUGCAUUGCUCAUCUCUGUAUAAACUGAUCGAGUAUUCAUUGUAGCACCAUUAUCAGGCUUUUCUUUGAUGCUCAUCGAGCUGUAAAUGUUAAAGCGGUUUUAUACGAGACAUGAAGUGGCUCUUCCUCCAGGGGGCGCAUGGAGACUCAAAAUCGGCUGUUCUCCAUUGAGCUGCAUUCAACUCUCAGGACGAUUUUUAAUUUAUUUGUACAGUACCUAUGGGACCGUUUUCAAGGCUAAAAACAGAGAAACACAUGAGAUUGUGGCCCUCAAACGAGUGAGACUGGACGAUGAUGAUGAGGGGGUUCCAAGUUCAGCAUUGCGAGAAAUUUGCCUCCUGAAAGAACUGAAGCAUAAAAACAUUGUAAGGUUGCAUGACGUCCUUCACAGUGAUAAGAAGCUGACAUUAGUGUUUGAGUAUUGUGAUCAGGAUUUGAAGAAAUACUUUGACAGCUGUAAUGGUGACUUGGAUCCAGAGAUUGUCAAGUCUUUUAUGUACCAGUUAUUGAAGGGUCUUGCCUUCUGCCACAGCCGAAAUGUUCUCCACCGAGACCUCAAACCACAAAAUCUGCUCAUCAACAGAAACGGUGAGCUGAAGUUAGCUGACUUCGGCUUGGCCAGAGCUUUUGGAAUACCUGUACGCUGUUAUUCUGCAGAGGUGGUGACGCUGUGGUACAGGCCUCCAGACGUGCUGUUUGGUGCUAAGCUCUACUCUACCUCUAUUGACAUGUGGUCUGCAGGGUGUAUAUUUGCAGAAUUGGCAAAUGCAGGACGACCGUUAUUUCCUGGUAAUGAUGUGGAUGACCAACUAAAGAGGAUCUUUAGGUUGCUGGGAACACCGACGGAAGAACAGUGGCAGACUAUGAAUAAACUUCCAGAUUAUAAGCCAUACCCAAUGUACCCAGCUACUACAUCACUUGUGAAUGUCGUCCCGAAACUCAGCAGCACUGGCAGAGACCUACUACAGAAUCUUCUGAAAUGCAAUCCAGUUCAGCGAAUCUCAGCAGAGGAAGCCCUGCAGCACCCUUACUUUGCAGAUUUCUGCCCGCCCUAACUGUCAGAUCCCUACAGCAUCAUUUAGGAGCACAGAUGGGCCAGUCUUACCUCGUGAAACACCUUCAACACCUCCAGCGUUCAGUUAUCUUUCAGUUCGAGUUCGGAUCACACUUGCUAUAGCAGGACAGAGGGACCCUGAAACACCCCUCCCUCUAAAUAUUUAUUAUGUUUGAUAAUAUGGAUAUGAUUAUGAUAGUGACAGUCUCUGAUUCAGAAAGUGGUGCUGUUAUCCUACAUAAACAUUUUUAUUUUAUUUGUGUGGUCUUAAAGGAACAGUUCACCCAAAACUUAAACCUCCGCACUUAUAAAAAAGGUGCAUGAAUAUUCUUCAGCCUACAGGUGAAAGGACUUGUGAGGUGAGUAAAUGUUGACCAGAUUUAAACUAUUGUUUAAAAAUUGAAAAUGCUGAUCAUCACUUGUAGUUACCGAAAUGUCAGGUGUCCUGGCCCUGCACGAUUCAUUUAGUUGCCAAAUGUGCUUCAUAGAUCUUUAAUGGUUUACAAAAUGCUGCUGUGAAGACUACUGAAAGCAGCGUUUUCUUCUUUUCUUUUUUUUUUUUUUGUCAAAGAUCAAAUGAGCAGUGCAAUUUAAUAAGGUACAGCGCACAUACUUGAUUUAGCUUAUGUUACAAUAUGUAGUAUAGUAAAAAAGUUACUUUUCCACUUAUGUUUUGUGUUGUAUGUUUCAGUAAGGAUAUGAGGGAAAAUAUAGAGUUAUCAUUGUGUGACUGUCAUUUUGCCAUUUUGUAUGAAUGAGAUUUUAGCAGGAAUUUUGAAACGAUUCUGUUAGUGUUUUCUUUUUAGUACAUUUCAGCAGCUCUUGUAGUAUUGCAAACUAACUUUCAACAGGAUACACCGUUUGGACAGUUUCAAAUGAAUAUGGAUUGUGUUCACUCCUGUACAGGAAAGGAAUCGUUCACCCCAAAAUGAAAAUUUGCUGAUAAUUUACUCACCCUAAGCCCAUUUAAAACAUUUAUUUAUCUGAACAUAUUAAACAUUACAUCACUUGCUCACCAGUGGAUCCUCUGCAGUGAAUGGG